AUGCUGCAGGCCACCGAUGACAAUGGGCGAGGUCAAACCUCUGUGGUCGCCCUACGAAUCUCUGUGAGUGAUGCAAAUGAUUCCCCUCCUGUGUGUGAGAGUCCUCUGUAUCGGGCCAGCGUGGAUGAGGGUGCCUUGGUGUUCGAUUCUCCAUUGGUGGUGAAGGCACGAGAUGCGGAUACAAUGUCUACCAUUAGCUAUCGAAUUUUAGGCUCACCACAGAUCGAAAGUAUCUUUGACAUUGACAAGCAAAGCGGACAGAUCAGUAUAAGAGCCAAUGCGAGCUUGGAUGUGACCAAUCUUAAGAGUGAGCAGCUAAUAUUUGUGGUGGAAGCCAACGAUGGACUAUUCACCGCCAAUUGCGGUGUCAACAUAACUGUACGGGAUGUGAACAAUCAUGUGCCCAGUUUUCAGCAGGAGAACUACAAUGCCGUGAUCGAGGAGAACUCCGAGAUUGGCACGAGUGUGGAAAAGUUGCAGGCUAGUGAUCUGGAUACAGGCAAGAAUGCAGAGUUGAGAUAUCGCAUACAGCAGGGAAGCUUUGAUGACUUUGGCAUCGAUGAGAGAACUGGCGAAGUGUUUGUUUCUCGCAAACUCGACUAUGACAGACGCAACACGUACCAGUUGCAGGUGCAAGCUGCGGAUCUGGGCACGCCCAGCUUGACGGGCACGGCAACGUUGACCAUCAAUGUGCAGAACAGCAAUGAUAAGGAUCCCUACUUUGUUCCGGCCACCCAGCAUGCAGAGGUGCGAGCAGAUGCACCUACUGGUCACCUGGUCUACACACUGAUCGCCCUUGAUCCCGAUGUGGCGACACAUAAUGCAUUGGAGUUUGCCGCCACGGAUGACAUCACGGCCAUUGACAAGGAGGGCAAAGAAUUGCCGCAUAGCGAACAGUUCAAGGAAUACUUUGCCAUCACACGGAAUGGCAAAGUUCUUGUCAAUCGGCAGCUCGAUCGCAAUCUUUUUGCUGUGAUGCGACUCAAUGUGCUCGUCACGGACAGCACGGCACCCAAUGUCCAGCAAGGACGUGGUCUGCUCAUCAUACAGAUCAUUGAUGUGAAUAAAAUACCACCGAGAUUUAAUGCACCGUGGAGUCCAGAGCAGCCCGUGAUUAAACUGCAAAUGGUCGAGGAGCAGGCGGUGGGCACAGUGCUGACCACUUUGCAGGCCAGCGAUGAGGACUCCAGCAUUGACGAGUUUAACAUAACGGCCAAUGAUUACUUUGCCAUCAAUCCUACAACGGGAGUCAUCUAUACCACAGCUCGACUGGACUACGAGGCUGUUAAGGAGGUCAAGUUCAUGGUCACGGUCAGCGAUACGGGUGUGCCAGCUCUUACGGCCACGGCGGAUGUUGUUGUCGACAUUAUCAAUCUGAAUGACAAUGAACCACACUUCACACAGUCGGAGUAUUACUUCAAUAUCACGGAGAACUCGCCACGUGGCACGGUUGCUGGCAAAGUGGAGGCCCACGAUGGCGAUGUGGGCGCCUUUGGGGAGCUGACAUACACGCUGAUUGGGGAGAACAAUAAAUACUUUAGCAUCGAUGCCUACACGGGCAAUGUGAUGGUGGCCAAUGCAUCCAUUUUAGAUCGGGAGCAACUGAAGGAGCUUACACUUUCGGUUGUGGCACAGGAUAAGGCACCUGCCACCGUUCAAAAGUCUGCCACGGCAACGAUCCACAUUAACAUUCUGGAUGUAAAUGACAAUGCUCCAGUGUUCACACGCUCCACGUACAACUCGACGGUGUCGGAGAACGCGGCUUAUCAGCCGCCGGCUGCACUGCUCCAGGUGCAGGCCAUUGAUUUGGAUGAGGGUCUGUUCGGCGAUGUGCGGUAUAUAAUAAUCGCUGGCAAUGAGAUGGCACUGUUCAAGCUGGACGCACAGUCGGGUAUUAUCUAUCCGGCACAGAGUUUGGCUGGCAAGCAUGGUAUCUACGAGCUAUUGAUCUCGGCACGGGAUACACAGGGAUCGGGGACCAUGGAGAGCACAGCCAAGGCAAUUAUCACAGUGUUGCGUGUGAAUCGUCAUCGUCCAGAGUUUGUGAUUCCGGCUCUAUCGAAUGCAACCAUUGAAAUUCCCGGCGAUAUUGUGCAACCAGACUAUUUGCUGCUCACGGUCAAGGCGUUGGACAAUGAUACCGAUGACAGUGGCAGGAUUAGCUAUCAUCUGCAGCUAAACAAUCUGAAUGUGCAGGAGACGGCCGAGUUCAAGAUCGAUGAGGACACCGGUGAAUUGCGAGCUCGACAGCAGCUCAAUCGCAAGAUUCGUGCCAACUAUGAUAUAAUUUUGGUGGCACGUGAUGCGGGCAAUCCGCCUUUUGAGUCACUGCGUCUGCUGACGGUGAGCAUUGUCGAUGCGAAUGAGAAUCGUCCCGAAUUCCCAGAUGCCGCCAAUCCAUACAAGGUGUCAAUCAAUGAGAACAGCGGACGGGAUGUCAAAGUGGGACACAUUCAGGCAUCGUCACGCAGCAAACACAAUCGGGACAUUUUCUACUACAUGCUGCUGGGUAACGAGGAUGGCGCCUUCUAUGUGGACAAGCUGACGGGUGACAUCUACACCAACAAGAGUCUGGAUCGGGAACAGACUGAUGCUUAUACGCUGUACAUAUUGGCCAGCAUCAAGUCCGAUUUGCACAUCUCUGAAGAGGAGCGCGCGUCGUUCUCCAUCAAGACGUUGAGUCGGGACAACACUGUCGCCAAGGUGGCCAUCACAGUGCUGGAUGUGAAUGACAAUGCGCCUGUGUUUGAGAAAUCCAUGUAUUAUGCCGGAGUAAAUGCCAAUGCCAAGAUGAAUGCGGCCAUUACGCUGGUCAAUGCCACGGAUGCGGAUCAGGGCAAGAAUGCCAAGAUUGAGUACAUGAUUGUUGCCUCGAAUCUUUACAAGUUCGGUGCCAGCAAAUCGACGGGUUCCAUUGUGCCAAGUCCGUUUGCCAUAUCGCAGGAUGGCCGCAUUACGGCCAAUACAAUUAUGGCCGAGUACAAUCAGGAUCGCUUCGAGCUGGAGAUUGUUGCCCGCGAACUGGAGCAACCUCAACGCUCGGCCAACACCAAAGUGAAUAUAUGGGUCUUUGAUGGCACACAGCUGGUCAGAGUGAUUCUGUCACGGCCACCGGAGGAAGUCUACCAGGAGCAGGAGGAGAUUAUAGCCGAGUUGCGCAACGCAACACAGCAUCGCAUCAUUGUGGACGAGAUACGCUUUCAUUUGGACUCAAUUGGACGCAUACGCAUGGAUUGGUGUGAUUUAUAUUUCCAUGCCGUCGAUCCGCAGACUCAUCAAAUUGCGCCUGUCGAUGAGAUCCUCAAGGAUAUCGACCGAAACUAUGAUUAUCUCAAGGAUUACUAUGCUGGCUUUGCCAUUGAGAAUGUUGUUCCUGCGUACAUCGCCAUUGUGCAGGAUGAAUUUGAUCUGGCCGUUGCUGGUUUGGUUGCCCUGGUCAUAGUGCUCUUUGUGGGCGUCAUUAGCUUCAUUGUGCUCUGCUGUUGCCUGAAGCAUUGGAAUCUCUCUGUGCCUGUCGAGACGCGUCGCAAGGAGGCGCUGAUUAAGAAGCAAAUCAUUGAGGAUUUGAAUACAACCGAAAAUCCUCUGUGGAUAGAACAAAAACUGAAGUUAUACGAAGAACAGGAGCUCACCAUGCAGGUAUUUUCGGAGCCCGAUCACAUAUCGAACUCGGAUGCGCCUGGACAUUUGGAUCAUCGCAGCUCACUGGAGCAGGUGCAUCAUGGACAGUCGGUGGAUAAUACCUAUGCCACCAUACAGCCGCGCAACAAUCAGAAUCGCCUGACCGCUGGCUCUGGCAGCAAUGGAGGUGGAGGUGGUGGUGGUUCCAUCUCCAUGCGCAGCGGUGGUGCGGGCAGCGCCGGUGGCCUAGGCGGUGCUGGGCUGCUCUUGACGCGCAUCGAUCCACAUGUCAACGAUUUCGCGGAUUAUGCAACGCUACGCAACAAUCGAGCACCCUCUAUGUACGAGUUCACGGGAUCCACAUUUCAGGCACCGAUACGAGAUGGUGAUGACGCCGUGGCCGAGCUUAUUUAAACAGAGUAACAGCUGACAGCUAACUUGUAAAUUAUAUAGUAGCUAUACAAUAACAUGUAUCUACAGAUAUCUUUAGAGAGCCCCCAAAACGUGCUUAGGUUUAGUUCAACUGAUCUGAUCUUUUGCAUUUCCUGAGUUUGCUGCUAAAAUACAAACAUCAAACAUAUUUACAAGCAUACUUAAUGAUACAAAUAUAUACAGAUACAUAUAAAGUAGUAGUAUUAUCUGGUAUGCCAACGAAAAGAUAUAGAACUCAAAUUAUUAACUUAAAUAAUCUGCAUAUAUAUCAGCAUAAUUAAGUAUAAUUAUUGUGUAAACAAAUAGCUACAAAAGCCCCAUAGUGGAAUUUCUCCCGCAUAAAUAAUGACAAUAAUAUACUUGUAUAUCCAUAUAUAUACAUACAAAUAUACGAAUAUAUUACCGAUGUCUAGUUUAAUAUCUAAGCGUUACUAACUAAUAUAUAUAUUAAUGUCUGUACAACAAUUAUUGGUUUAAUGACGCGAUAUUAGUUUAAAUGACACUCAUUCUAUAUUAUUAUUAAGUUGUACUAGAACAAAAGACUAAAUUAUUUGCUCUUCCAAUUAUUGUAUUACUUUAGUUCAUGGUCUUGAAACUGUUAGUCCUAAGUUGAUAGUUAAUAGUUUAAUUAGCCAGGCUUGCUCAUACACCCAUAAGUUCAUAAGUUUAGUUCAAUAUAAUGGAAAUGUGCAACAAAACAAUUUGCAUCUUUAUAAGAAUAGAGUCAGAACUCAUUGGUUUGCAUUUACAACAUACAUACGAUAAAUAUAAAUAAAUGAUUUAAUAAACAAAU